CUCCCUGGUGACGUCACUACUUGUAGAACAUGAAGCGAUCUCGAAUGGCUGGAAAGCGCAACAAAGCCGAUUCAACAGAAACCAGUCCUCCAAAGAAAGCGAAGCCUAGCAAAGAAGCUUCUUCUGUAAGGCGACCGAAGGUUGCAGGAACCGCCAAGCAGGCAAAAAGGAAAUUGGCGGCAAAAAGGAGAGUGGCUGCCAAAUCUUCGUAUGAUUUUCCUGAGCCAAUGCCAGUAGGAGAAGUACUGGCAGAUAUGCAGAAAGGAAACUGGAAGUUAGGGAAGUCGAUAGGACGAGGCGGUUUUGGAGAGUUGUAUCUUGCUCAGAGAACUUUGAAACAGAUGUCUGAAGAUGAAGAUAAGGAAGCAAAUUAUGUUGUCAAAAUUGAACCUGAGGGAAAUGGGCCACUCUUCACAGAAAUACAUUUCUACACAAGAGUAGGAAAGGCAGAAACCAUUCAAACAUGGUGUAAAAGCCACAGAUUGAGCAUUGGAGUUCCUUGCUAUGUUGCUCAUGGCAAACACACAAAAAGAGGAAAGUCGUAUCGAUUUUUAGUCUUGCCCAGACUUGGAGAUGAUUUGGAAAAGCUGUUUGUCAAAUGUGGAAGGAUUUUUUCAGCAAAGACAGUCUGUCAACUGGCAUUGACAAUAUUGAACAGCUUGGAAUAUUUGCAUGAACAUGAGUAUGUCCAUGCUGAUAUCAAAGGGUCCAACCUGCUUGUAGAAUCUGUAAAAGGAGCUUGUGAACAGGUAUAUCUAGUGGACUAUGGACUAGUAUCUCGUUACACUAUAGGUGGAAAACAUAGGGAAUACAAAGAGGAUCCACGGAAAGCACAUGAUGGAACUGUAGAAUUUACUAGUAUUGAUGCUCACAACGGUGUUGCUCCAUCUCGACGAGGUGAUCUGGAAAUUCUUGGUUAUGUACUGUUGCAGUGGAGUUGUGGUCAGUUGCCCUGGGAAGUUAAUCUGUCUAACAAAGACUAUGUGAAGAAGGAAAAGCAGAAUCUGAUGGAAAAUCUUGACAGUCGUUUGUCAUCUUGUUUCUCAACUGGACGCUGUCCUGGUGAAUUGCUUGAGUAUUUCAAGUAUGUGAAGGGAUUGCUACAUGCAGAUAAGCCUGACUAUGGCGUGAUAAGGAGAAUUUUCAGAAAUGCACUUCGAAGACAAGGUCAUCAUAAUGAUGGGGUUUAUGACUGGAAUGUGUCAAGUCCAUUAGUUCAAAAGCAUGGCAAGAAAAUGAAACGAGUAAAGGCAGGAGACAGUGAUGCAAAGAGUAAGCCCAAGUCAAAGCCGUGACAAGAAAUAUGUUAACAGUUAGAAAACUUGCAGCAAGUAGCAUGUAGACUUUGUACACAUGCAUGGGACUGCAUGAACUUCAGUGUGUACUUUUGUAGCUAUUGAUGCAUAUAUGUGGACUUUUUGGUGUAAUUUGUAGCUUUGAGCUAUAGUGCGUAUGUUUGAGAUUAUAGUACUUAGCUACAAGCAACUGACAACUAAAUGACCACCGUUGCUGGUGAUGGUAUUGAAACUCA